GCCAGAUUGUUCUGUGCCUUGCCAGCCCAGGUGUUUUUGUGCUGCAGGUCAUGACUUCCAUGAAGAAAUUGUGCCAGGAAGGAACCACAGCUUCUGCCUUGGCACAGAUGCCAAGCCUUGCCCCCAACGGCUGCAGCUGCUUUUGGGAAUGGAUUCCUUCCAAGCUGGGGCAGGUUGGCCGGGCUGGGGGAGGCCCCAGGGCCCAUGGCAGUGUGUCACAGGGCCCUUUGUGACACGGUGGCCGUCGCCCAGGGGAUGGGUCGGUGUCCUUUGUGACCCGUGGGGAUAAAGGUGUUGGCGGCAACGCGGCCACGCCACCGUGCUCGGAGCGGGCGACUGGGCAGGACGGGACAGAGCGGUGCUGUGAGGAGCCUCCUCGCAGCCAACUCCUUUCUCGUCGACCAGGAGCGUUUUCGAGAGUUCUUUUUUGAUCAACUUCCCUCGAGGCCACAGCACAGGAGUUGGGGACCCGGAGCGUUUCUGAGGUGACCCCACUCCCUGUGGGAGUGGCCCUCGAGGCCAGGCCACGGGCCUUGGUGACCCGGAGCUUUUCCGAGGAGUCACCAGUGGCUGUGGCAGCGGCCCUUGAGGCCAUUUUUUGAGACUUUGCACCAGGGGCUUUUCCAAAACAUCCCCAGCCCCUGUGGCAGGAGCCCCGCAGGCCAUUGUGUCACACUUGGCCACCAGGGGUUUUUUCCAGGUUUCUCCCCCGCAGGUGCCCUCAACACCAGACUGUGCCAUGGCGGGGGGAUGCUUCGGCCUGUGCCGGCUGCUCCGGAGGAACAGGAAGAACAGGAGAGGCCCUGGAGCUGGCCCAGCACAGGAAGCAGAGGAGGAGGUGCAGCACUUGCAGCCACUGCAGCAGGAUCCAGGCCGGGACCGCCCAGAAGAGCAGGACCGCGCCCGUGGCCGCUUGCGCAGGGCAGUUCAGAGGUUGCUGAAAUUCAUGGGACUUCGGCGCAGAACAGCCACGACCGCACCGCCCGAGCUCCCGGCACAGCCUGACACCAGCGCAGCCGAGCUCGAGGCGGAGCCAGAUGUCAGCACUGCACCGAGUGACUGUGCAGCCAGUGGUGACAUGGCACCAACUCAUGUCACAGCAACCUUGGACACGGCAGCCAUUGAUGGCACAGAAACCACCGACAUGGCAGCCGUUGAUUGCGCAGCCACCUGUGACACGGCACCGGUUAUUGGCACAGACACCGCUGAGGUGGCACAGCUCGAGGGCACAGCAACCACUGACACGGCAGCGCAGCCCACGGUGGAGCCUGAUGUCAGCACUGCACCAAGUGACUGUGCAGCCAGCGGUGACAUGGCACCCAUGGAUUGUGCUGCCAGCGGUGACGUGGCUCUGACUGAUGGCACAGCAACCUCGGACAUGGCAGCCAGUGAUUGCGCAGCCACCUGUGUCAUGGCACCUACUGAUGGCACAGACACUGCUGAGAUGGCACAGCUUGAAGGCAGAGCAACCAGUGACACGGCACCGGUUAAUGGCAUGGACAUCUCUGACAUGGCACCGAUGGAUGGCACAGCCACCUGUGACACCGCGCUGGCUGACACCGAGAGAAGCUCUGACACGGCACCAACUGAUGUCGGGGCCAAGGCUGAUGACACGAUUGAGGGCAUUGCAAGCACUGACUGCACAUCCACGCCGGCACUGCCCUCUGCCUUCCAGGUCCUCGACUGUCUGGACGUGAACACCUCUCCCAACAGUGUCCUGCAGAUCCUGGCAAGGCACCUGCAGAGCCAGUGCCCAGAGAGGUGGCGCCUGGCUCUGCGAGGGCUCCUGGUGCUCAGCGUGGAUCCCUCAAUGGCCAAAGGCAUCUGCAGCCUGUCUGAGCCCCUCCUGGAGCUGCUGCGUGAUGGAGAUGGAGAGCUGGUCGCCAUGACCCUCUCCGUGUUCCGGAAUGUGCUCCGGGAUGGAGACAACAGUGAGGAGUUCAGCUCCACUGCCCCGAGGCUGGUUGAGGCGCUGCGGCCAGUCUUUGACCACGACAACAGCCACGUGCAGCUGCUGUCCAUUCGCCUCUUCCGAGAGGUGAUGGAGGUGCUGGCGGAAGAGGGAACAGAGCCCUGGGAGAUGCAGGUGCGCCAGAGCCUGGUCCCACUGUUCUUCCGCUGGCACGACGAGAACCAGCGCGUGGCAGAGGUGAGCACUGCUGGGCUCUGGUGUCCCCGGGGCAGGGGCUGGGCUGCCUCCUGCCCUGGGGCCUCAAGGGCUCAGGCCUCCUGCUGCCCUUGGAGCAGGGACACAGGGGCUGUGCCCUGGGCUGCGGUGCCAUGUCCCGCUCUCUGCUGCUCUGCAGGCUGCUUGGGAAGCACUGCUCUGGGCUGCAAGCUUCCUCAAGAGGAAGGACCUGGAGCAGCUGCUGGAGACAGAGCAGCCCUUCAGGUUCUGUGAUUGCCUGAUGGAAAAAGACCUGAUCCGAAGGGGCGAGCACCUGCAGCAGGCCCUGCCCUACCUGCAGAGCCCACAGGAGCCCCUGCGAGAGGCGGCCGUCAGGUUCAUGGGGCUCGCCGGCUGGCACAUGAGGGAGUGGCAGCAAGACCUGUGGCCCAUCCUCAAGGGCCUUACAGCCAUGAGCGAGGACGACUGCCCCUCCCUCUCCAACAUGAGAGCUGCACUCGUGGCCACUUACAGCCGUGCCAUGAGAACUCCACCUGCUCCGCUGAGACGACCGAUGUCCCUGCAACAGCCCCCCACCACAGCCCAGGGACCACUUCUCAGCGCGGCUGCACCUGCAGCUGAUGCUGGGCCCAACUGAGCCAGCCCGCAAGGCCAGGCAGCUCCUGGCCUCUGCAGCCCCAUGGAUGGCUCCCUCCUUCCAUUCCCUUCUCCUGACCCCACUUCAUCCUUCCCCUACUCCUGAUGUUAAUAAACCCUGGUUUUCUCCCCUUA